UUUUUUUUGAAGCUAGAUUAUUCAUUAUUUAGUUCUUUGUUUUUUCUUCUAUUCUUACGAAAGUAAGAAAUUUUUGAAAACAGUAAAAAAAUGAAACUUAUUGUGAUUUUAAUUGUUAUUUUGAUUUAUUUUGGAGAAGCAAAUGCUGGUGAUAUCGAAUGGAUCCUUAAUGACAAAGAAUCAUCUCCAUGUCUGCUUGCUGAUAUGAAUAUUAAAGUCAAUUUUUCAUACAACGCUUCAUCAGAUUUCAAUAGACAGAAAAGUCUUUAUGAAAUUCCAAAUAAUCUUACUAAAGUUGAUUUAGUCAGAAGCUAUUGUAAUGAUACGGAAAGCUUUUUGGCUGUUAAUUGGGAGCAUGGAAAUAUUUUUGAAAUAACGUUCAUCAAGUACAACAAGUCAUAUGAACUUUCAAAAUUUCAUGUAUCUCUUAAUGCAACCGAUAUACUAAAAGACAUAUCCGACAAUAAAACUAUCGAGAUUAUGUAUGAACGUUUGGUCAAUGAUUCAUCGUUUGAUACACCGGCAAAUUUUUCAUUUCAUUGCAAUAGAGAACAAAUACUUAAUUCUACUAAUAAUGAUGGUUCUUCUAUUAUUCUGUCGAAAGUACAGUUUGAGGCAUUCAGAAGAAAUAAUAAUAAAGACAAGAAAUUCUCGUUAGCAAAAGACUGUGAAAGUAAUUUUAAGCCUGAUAUAGUACCGAUAGCUGUCGGGUUAUCGUUGAUUGCAUUAAUAAUAAUUGUAUUAAUUGCAUAUAUUGUUGGAAGAAGGAGACAACAGGCUCGAGGCUAUUUAAAUAUAAUGUAAUUUAUGUAUUCGAAAAAAGGUGUAUGUAUGAAAAUUAAGGAAAUGUUUGCGAAUAAAAAAGAAAUGAUUAAUGCAUUUAAAAGUAUUUAUUGUUGAAUUUAUGUAUGAUUCAAAAGGUGUAUAAAAAUAAUUUAUGGAAUAUUUGCCAAAUAAUCUUUAAUUGUAGUUGGAUCUAAACGAUGGAAACCAUUGGAGUCACAAAUUCCAACUUCUAUGUUUGACUCAUUCAUUUGGCCUUCAAAGCCCUCUUUCAAAGUCAAAAUAGCAAUAUGAACGGCAUCAUCCAGUUCCAGAUCCUCUGUAUAACGCUUUUCAAGGAAGGUUUUUCCAUUAAUAGAAUUCUUUCCCAUAGCAGUGGCUUUCCAAGCAAAAUAAGCACCAGAAGGAUCACAUUGGAACAAUAAAGGAAUCAUUUCAUCAUUAUUUAUAUGCGAUGGUUCCAUACCACAAAUCAAAAGUGAUACUCCAAAUGGCCGAACACCACCUGAUUGAGUGUAUUCUUGCAUAACGCCUGCAAUUCGUUGUACUAAUUGAGACGUUGGAAUACUUUCAUUAUAAAUCAUGUAAUAGUUCUGAGCUAUUUUACGAGCUUGUCGAACAAGAAGUCGAUAAUCAGGACCCAUUCCGCUAUAAACGAUUCCAAUGUUAUCAGUAAUAUUCUCAAUUUUAUGGACUGAGUUUUCAUCAUACAGCAAGGAUUUUUGCUUAUUUUCGGUAGCAAUUACAAUUCCAUUAGAUGCUGUUGAAAAGAAAAUUAAUUUAACUUUAUCAUGAAAUAAAAGAUGAACAUACCUUUAAUUCCAACCGUACUGGCACCGGCAGAAACUGCAUUUAAAGCAUAUUCGAUUUGGACAAGCUUUC